CAGCACGCAGCGCAGCAGCCGGUCGCGGUGGAAGGAAAAUGACACAAAAAUCCGGAUAAAUGGCGAAGUUUAAAAUGAAGGUCUUCCAGCGCUGGCUUUUUGUAGUUUUCUUUCUGCCUUCGUCAGGUGUUUUGUGUUUCAGCGAGUUGUCCUUCAUCACAGAGCCCAGUGAUGCUACCUUUCUACCACGGCGCCCUGCGGUCUUGGACUGUCAGGCCCACGGGCUGCCUCCAGUCACCAUCAAAUGGCUGAAGAACGGAGCUAAGUUGGCACAAAGCGAGCACAUACAGUUCCUGCCCAACGGCUCCUUGUACAUACCAAAGAUAAAGCAUAGCGAGGGGGAUUCGGAUGAAGGAUUCUACCAGUGCCUCUCGCAGAACAAAUAUGGAGCGAUCCUGAGCCAAAGAUCACGUCUGACUAUCGCAAGCAUCUCAGAGUUUGUCUUGCAUCCUGUUCCAAUGGAGGUGGCUGAGGGCUCAUUGGCCCGAUUCUCCUGUGCUGUCACCUCUAGCCCUCCUGCAACAAUCACCUGGGAGCUCAACCAAAGCACAUUACCUCUACAGACAGACAGAAUAACAGUUUUGCCCAAUGGAGUCCUUCAGAUCUACAAUGUACAAGUGGAGGACGCUGGAAAGUAUCGAUGCGUGGCGACUAACAUCGGCAGCCGUUUGAAGAGUAGAGAGGCCGAGCUGACAGUCAACCAAGACGUAGGCCCUAAACCACGUCAGAGGCCCAGAAUCAUUGCAGGACCUCAGAAUGUCACGGUUUCUCUGCACGAAACGGUGGUCAUGGAGUGUGUGGCCACAGGCAAUCCCUGGCCCAUCAUCUCCUGGAGCCGUGCAGACAGCAAACCCAUCGAUGUGUACAACGCCAAGGUGCUGGGCAAUGGAAACCUCGUUAUUACGGAUGUUAAUUCCAAACACAGUGGAGUCUACCUCUGCAGGGCCACCACACCUCGAACCCGAAACUACACCAUUGCUGCAGCCAACCUCACAGUUCAAGUUCCACCAUCCAUUGUGGAGAGGCCCGAGAGCCAGACCCGUCCAAGAGCAGGCACUGCCCGGUUCAUGUGCCGGGCCGAGGGAGUGCCCCCGCCACGCAUCAUGUGGCUAAAGAAUGGAGAAGAGGUUCACUUAAAUGGGAGGAUUAAGAUGUACAACAGUAAAUUGGUGAUUACCCAGAUCAUCCCCGAAGACGAUGCCAUCUAUCAGUGCAUGGCAGAGAGUGAACAGGGUUCUGUGCUGUCCUUGGCUCGCCUUAUCGUAGUCAUGUCCGAGGACAGACCCAGUGCACCAAGAGAUAUCCAUGCAGAAACCAUCUCAAGCUCCGCUAUCUUACUGGCCUGGGAGAGACCUCUCUACAAUGCAGACAAAGUCAUUGCCUACUCCAUCCACUACAUGAAGGCAGAAGGUCUAAACAACGAAGAAUACCAAGUUGUUAUCGGCAACGACACGACCAGUUAUAUCAUCGAUGACCUGGAGCCGGCUCGAAACUACACCUUCUACAUCGUGGCUUACAUGCCAAUGGGAGCCAGUCGUAUGUCGGAUCAAGUUAGCCAGCAUACCCUGGAGGAUGUGCCUUUGCGUACCCCGGAGCUGAGUCUCAUCAGCCAGAGCGCCACGGACAUUAAGUUGAAUUGGCAGCCGCUGCCGGCCAAGGUGAGCCGCGGCCGGCUGUCGGCGUACCGGCUGUCCUACCGCACAGCGGCGUACAGCGCCGUCACGUCGGUGGAGCUGCCUCAGAACAGCACCGAGUAUCUGCUGGAGGGCCUGCAGCCCGACACCAUCUACCUGCUGCGCAUGGCCGCAGCCACGCGCGCGGGCUGGUGUGAGCCCCCCGCGUGGACCUCGCACCGCACGCCUAAGACGUCGAGCGGCAAAGUGCCUUCAGCCCCUACUCUUCAACUUGAGCCGCUUAACUGCACCUCCAUAGUGGCCCGCUGGCAAACCUCCCCACAAUCUGUGGUUGUCCAGGGUUACCGGCUGUGUUACCAUGAGGAAGGCCAACCGGAGCAGCCCACCAUCCAGCUGCAGGCUCAAACCUACACCUACACCAUCAGUGGCCUUGACCCGAGAAGAAAGUAUCAUGUAAAGAUUCUGGCUGUCAGUCAAGCUGGAGAUGGCUAUCAGACAGACCAAACAACAAGUACCCCGGGAUGUGUGUCGGCUAGAGACCAACUGGCGGCAGCUCCUCCGCCUCCGCAUCGCGUGGCCGUCUUGGCCAACAACUCAUCUGCAGUGUCCCUGAGCUGGAGCCGUCCCGCUUUGCCCUCUGCAAAGGCCGUCAGCUACACGGUCCGCUGUACCCCCGUGGGCACCCACAACGCCUCGGCCGUCCGCUACCUGCAGACCACCCGACAGAGUGUGACGGUUCAGAAGCUGGAUCCAAACACUCGCUAUGAGUUUGUCGUGCGGCUUCACGCGGACCAGAUGUCGAGUCCCUGGAGUUCUGUUGUUUAUUAUCAGACUCUGCCUGCAGCACCUCGCCAACCACCCGCAGCAGUGCGCGUAAGUCUGAUCGAGGACGACACUGCGCUGGUGUCCUGGAGGGAGCCCCUGGAACCCAACGUGGUGGUCACGCGCUAUACCAUCCUUUACGCUUCCCAGAAAGCCUGGAUGGCGGGACGCUGGCAAAUACUGCAGAGGGAGGGGACCCACACAAUGGCCCUGCUGGAGAAGCUGGAGGCCGGGAACGUUUACCUGGUGAAGAUCUCUGCCUCCAACCAGGUCGGGGACGGGCCUUUCUCCAACAUCGUGGAGCUGGCGCUCAAGUGGGGAAACAACAAACGCAGCAAGAACCCCAGGCACUCUGACAGCUUCCCAGAUACAGCAGUCCUAUCGGACGGUGUCUACCACAUAGACCAGAGGUCUAUGACAGGGAUCAUUGUUGGUGUGAGCAUCGCCUUGGCCUGUAUUGUUAUGUGUGCCUUAAUCCUCAUCAGUAAGGGAAGACCAAGAAAAUCCUCCAGUCACAAGGUCACGGCCGGGGGAGCUGCUGAAGGUCCCCAUGCUGGCUUGUCCAUGGCCAAUGAAGUCCAUAGAGAGAAUGUUGAGGCCCUCAUACCCAUGAUAAGUCACCACUUUCUAGAUACCAAGGGUGGAGCUAACAUGGUCAUAAAUACCGCCGGUCCAAUCAGCAGUAAGAACCAAAGCAAGCGGUGGCUGCUCCUGAAGAGGGAAAUCAGGAAUCCAGAUGAAAGUGAUGCCGAGAGGAGAGCGAGCUUAUACGAAGCUGGAAAAACAGUCUUGAGGUACGACGAGCAGUUGGGUUCGGCGCCCUUGCCGCCGUCGUCCCGGGAGAUCAUCUACGGGCCGUUUCACUCGGAGAGCUCCCAAGCCAGCGAGGGCAGCCGAGGGACGGGAGACUCGGGGAACUACUCCAACGAAGAGGCGAGCGACCCUUCGACCGGCCGCGGCUCCAGGCCCGCGUCUUACGGGUCGGACGAUCGCCCCGCCGCCGAGCUGAAACAGUCCUUCGAGGCGGAGAACGAGGAGGCGGCGUCGAGGCGCCCGGCGCCGCACACGUCGCACGCCGUCGGCUCCUGACGUCCACCAGCCCAAAUCGGCUCUGCAGCAGCUCACGCCGCCGCUUCUACCUCGCUCGCCCGCUGAGACGAGCCGCGCCGCCAUCAGGGAGCCGGCUGCUGCCGGAUGGACGAAAUGUGCUUUCGCUUUCGGAUCUACCUCAGGAUUUUGCGUGAAUGUUUGUUACGACAUUUCAUUUCCAUUUUCUGUUAACGUCCUACCUGUUUGUCUUUUUUGGCGUUGUCUGUGUUGGACCAAAGCUCACCCAUGAUGAAUGUUAAAAAGUGCUGUGAUACAUUUUCAUUAUAUUUAAUAACUUUCCACUGGAGCAGAGGGUGAAGUUGGGCCCUUUUCACUGAUUAUCUACCUCCAUGUUGUUCAUAUGUAUACAUUACUACCUCCUUUUCGCCAUAUAUUGUGCAGUAUUAUCUCAGACUCAGGGGACAAGGUGAAGACAUUUUAUUGCCAUGUCUUGAAACCUCUGUUGAGAAGUUAUUAUAUAAAGGCUGAGAGAGGUUAUAUUGAAUUUUUGAAACUUGAAACUAAUUGUCAUGGUUUUAAGAGCUUUUGUUUCACAUUUAUUUGUCUUUGAAUGUUGUAUGUUGUGAAAAAUAACAAGUGCAUUAGAUAUUGUCAAGCUCAUUGAGCUUUAUCAUACAAUAUCGUUUGGCAUUUCCAGUGCGCUGAACUCAAAGCUUUAACAUGGCCUUAAUAUCGAAAGGGCUUUGCAUACUAUAGAAGAGAUGAGAUCCAAAGAAGGGGAAAAAUUGCACCCAAAGAGUUUUGAUAAUACAAUAGAUAUUCUAACGCAACCAAAAAUAUAGAGAAUAUACAUUGAGGAUGCGUUUCGCCAAAAAUAUUGUUCUCGCCAAUGAUGUAAAUUUCCCUUCGAAUGGUGGUUUGAAUGCUUUACUCAGUAGACGUGUUCUCGAUGCUUUAUUCAGGUAAAAGCUUUAGCACAUCUUGUGCUCCGUAUGCCUUCUCGAACCAUUGCUAAAUGCAGCGGUGAUGCCGAUGCUAUUAUCCAAAGAGUUGUCUCCUUCCUCACAUGGGUGUGGCUUUUCAUUCAGUGGAUCUUUGGUGCUGAGAGGUGGAAAUAUUUGACACGAGACCAAAGAUCUAGUUUGUCCAGCCAGUGAUAGAUGAUGAUAUUUAUUCUUUGUUUGGAGAAUCAUCUGUUACCUGUCAACAAUAUGGCUGUAUGGGGAGAAUUCUUUUUCUCUCUCCAUAAUACUUCCUGUCCAGGUGUGACGAUGAAGGAUUCAGGACUAUCAAAAUAGAAACCCUGUGUGUGAAGAGCAACAUAAUCAAGUUUUAUAUCUUUGUAAUACAAAUAGUUCUAACCAAAGAAAUUUGAGGUCUCUGUUAUUUAGUGAUUUUCUUUGGUUUCCACUUACAUUAUUUGCAUUUAAAUGUGAUAUAAUUUCCAAUGGUUUUAAUUGCUAGAAAGGCAUUUUGAAAAAGGUUUUUUGAAGCUUGAGAUAUCAAAUUGUUCUGCUGUAUUUUAUAUCAAUGGGAUUUUAUCUGAAUGAUACCCAGGUAGAUUAAAAUGGACAUUUUAGUUUUUCUUUUCUUUGCAAACAAAAACAUUUUGCAAUUUAAAUGUGACAUUUUUUCUAAAUUAAUGCAGCUGGUUUUAAGUUCAAAGCUUGUCUGUGUAACACAUUAUGAUAAGAGGUUAAUUUGAUAUUCACAGAUACUUUUGCUGACUUAAAUCAGAUGCCAAUUGUAGAUUUAUAGAGUAGACUUAAAUGUUAAUGUUUAAGUUAUGUUUUACAUUUUAUUUCUGAUUUUGAAUAGCAAAAUAGAUCUUCUAAUCCAAAGUUUGCAACAAAGCAAGUAUU